UCCAGUGCCGCAGCAGCGCAGCCGGGAGGUGACAGAGGAGGGGGUAGCACGGCCGGACCGGACACCGAUGGAACUCAGGAGCUAGGCUAUAGGCUGCUACCAGGCCCGAUCCACUAGGACUUUAGAUAGACGCGUAAAAAUCACCCAGCAAAGCCUACACGACGACAGGAACGAGCCGUGUGUUAGCCUAGGCCAGACCCCCUCCUCUCUGUCUACUGACUAUUCAAAGGCGAGCACUGUCAAAGAGCUCUUCAAACGCUGUCGAAAUACAUUCACUGACUUAACAUAGUGUAUAUCGACCACAGCGGAACCGGAGGAACCGUCGACGCUCUGUCCCGGUUCGCCCUUCAGCUGCGCCCCCGCUGUCUGUGUCAGCUGCUGCGCAUCCGCGAAACAUGCAGGAUGAGCCUGUUGGGGUGACCAGUACACACUCACCCCCGUCUAACGACGAGAAGGACAGCGACAGCGGCUCUAAACCCACCGAGAAACGACCGGACCACCGCCACAGCCCUGACAGUCAGCUGUGCGCGUUCACGUCCGUGUACAACCUCCUGAACCAAAGGACUACUUUCACCGAGCCUUUUUACACGACGCUGUCUAUCAGUGACCUUCAGCACAGUCAUAAAAUCCAUCUGCAGCCUGGUCUGAGCCCCCCGCUGGAGAAGACAGACACCCGGCUCUGCGCUGACUCUUCCCUGGAAGAGACUCAAACUGAUGCUGCGUCGCCAUCGCCCACUUCCGUAAAAACGAUCCAAAUGGACUCCCCCAUCGCCCACCACAACAGCAAUGGCAGCAGCACUGCCAGCAUGUUAUCCGGGGGUCUCAGCGCCGCUUUCCCUAACCCCACCCAAGAGAUGCAGAGCGCCAGUGGGGGGUCCACCUCACCUUCCCUUCCUGGUUUCGGUACCCCGUGGUCGGUCCAAACCAGCUCCUCUCCCCCGCCCGCACCCAUCAACCCCGUGCACACCAUGAACCAGAUGCCCAGCACAGAUUCAGACUCCAACAGCUUCUACCCCGGCAUUCCCUCCUCCAUAAACCCGGCCUUCUUCCAGAGUUUCUCGCCGGUAUCAGCUAAUCCGUGUCCCGGGAUUAACGUGCAGGGCUUCAGUGGCCCUUUCUCCCCGCAGAUGAACGUGCCCCCGCCGCCCCAGAGCCGCAGGUCCCCGGUCAGCCCCCAGAUGCACCCGCAGCAGGGCGCCUUCCUUCAGCAGAGAAACAACUACAACCAGCAUCAGCCUAUGGUGAAGCCCUCUCCAUGGAGCAGCCACCAGGGGAACGGCUGGGGCUCCGGAGGGAUGUCCUGGGGCAGAGACCACCGUCGAGGGGGGAGUGGUCUAGGCGUACCUGGGUCCAUCAGCCACCUCUCUCCGCUCAAAAAGCCCUUCUCUAGUAAUGUCAUUGCUCCCCCCAAGUUCCCACGCUCCGCCGGACCGCUGGGACCCAAGUCGUGGAUCGAAGAGAACAUGUUUCGCACAGAUAGCAACAGCAACUCCCUCCUGCCCCUCCAGGACCGCUCUCGGAUGUACGACAGUCUGAACAUGCACUCCCUGGAGAGCUCCCUCAUCGACAUCAUGCGUGCCGAGCAGGAUCCUAUGAAAGGCCGUGUGGGAUGCCCUUACCCCGGGGCAGAGGGCCUUCUCAUGCUCAAUGGUCGCUCAUCUCUGUUUCCUAUUGAUGACAAUCUCCUUGACGAUGGCCACAUGAACCAGGGCGUCCCGGGACUCAACUGUUACCCGCACCAGAACGGGGAACGCAUUGAGCGCUUCUCCCGAAAAGUGUUUGUGGGAGGUCUGCCCCCUGACAUAGAUGAAGAUGAAAUAACAUCCAGUUUCCGCCGCUUUGGUCACCUGGUUGUUGAUUGGCCGCACAAAGCAGAAAGCAAGUCCUACUUUCCACCUAAAGGAUACGCCUUCCUGCUGUUCCAGGAGGAGAGCUCUGUGCAGGCUCUCAUCGAGGCCUGUAUGGAGGAGGACGACGGGAAGCUCUACCUGUGUGUAUCCAGCCCCACCAUCAAAGACAAGCCUGUUCAGAUCCGCCCUUGGAACUUGAGCGACAGUGAUUUUGUAAUGGACGGAUCUCAGCCUCUGGACCCCCGUAAGACCAUCUUUGUGGGAGGAGUGCCUCGCCCCCUUAGAGCCAUUGAGUUGGCGAUGAUCAUGGACCGUCUGUAUGGAGGAGUGUGUUACGCCGGGAUAGACACAGACCCUGAGCUUAAAUACCCAAAGGGGGCGGGACGAGUGGCCUUCUCCAACCAGCAGAGCUACAUCGCAGCUAUCAGUGCCAGAUUUGUCCAACUGCAGCAUGGAGACAUUGACAAGAGGGUGGAGGUGAAGCCCUACGUCCUGGAUGACCAGCUGUGCGAUGAGUGUCAGGGCGCUCGUUGUGGGGGGAAGUUUGCUCCCUUCUUCUGCGCUAACGUCACCUGUCUCCAGUACUACUGCGAGUUCUGCUGGGCCAACAUCCACUCACGGGCCGGCCGAGAGUUCCACAAGCCCCUGGUCAAAGAGGGCGCCGACCGACCACGGCAGAUCCACUUUCGCUGGAAUUAGAAAGAACCCACCACAAUGAGUGCGACGAAACUCAUGGUCUCUCUGCCUCCCCUGCUUUCCUGUCAGUAUAAUCCUGUACGUAGCACUAAACAGUAUAUUCGAAACAUAUAUAUCUAUAUCUUUUGUAGCAGCCAAACACCACAAGCCUAUGUUUUUCACCAAAUCUCCCCUUCACAUCUCAGGCUGAUAACAACCUUUUUGUGGUACGUUCAUCUUUUCUAAACGGAGAUUUAAAAUGAAAAAAGAAGAGAUUGAUUUUUGUAGGUUUUUUUAUUACCAUUAUUUUUGUAUGUGAGAUUUCAAAGUAGAUACGGGAAUGUUUUUUGCAUGGGGGCAGCUCGUCUGUCUGUCUGUCUGCUGCUAUAGCCACCCGACAACAGUGCGUGAAGUGCACAUUUGUUAAUGGGAUAAAAACCUCAAUUCUUUUAUGUCUAGGUCAUGACCAAAGGUAGCAACAACAUAGGAAGUAACAAAAUACAGUUGUUUCUUGCCAUAGACUAAAAAUUUAUGAAAACAGUAGUGUGAUACCUCAAAAUCCCAAUUCUGGUUUCUGCUAACUAUAUUCACUCCAAUGAAAAUUUUACAAGCUCUUUAAAGCUUUGCUGCUAUGUAUACAUAAAUAUUAGUAUAGGGAUUAUAUUUAACGCUAUUAGUAAUGAGAAUCACGUCAAUUACAAUGCAGUAUGCACUUAACCACUUAUGGCCCCCAAUGCCAUGAAAAGUGCAUGUUUUUUCUAUAGGCUUAGCUUCACAAAAGCAUGCAGGAUACAUGUGACUUUGACAAAACACAGCAAAGAUAGGUGUACAAAUGUGGCGAUAAUUUAAGAUAUUUAAUUACUAUAGUAAGUAGCAUGAACAUCUAAUACAGGUGUUUAGAGGAAAAAAAUUACAGACAUAAAUAAUGAAACACUAUUUAAACUUGCAUGUGUCGAUGUUUAUCUGUUGUUUACAUACUAAACAAUACAAAAAGUGAUAUUGGUUCUACUGUAGAUUUAGUGGACGCCAUCUUUUUGAUACGGUGGCCUGUAUGGCAAAAAAUACCCUUUUGAGAAGCAGAGUGGUGUCCAGUGGUCCGUGUUUCGUGUUGUCCCCGUGCUGUGUGUGCUUUACGUCGACUGAGGCUCUAGUUUAGUAACAGAGAGGAGAAUUCAAACAUCUUUUCUGCCUUUAACCCACUAAAUAAUGUAUGUUUCCAAAGCUGAUAUAUGAGUUAGCAAUGCCACGGCAGACCAAAAUAGCACAGAGAAUGACUUUCAGAGAUCAUUGGUCAACUUGGCAAUGUCUUUUACUGGAAUAUCUUUAAUGAAAAAGGUCUGAUGGCUUGCUUGAAUUUUGGAUUACUCUUAUGGGACAAUCUUUACGUGAGGACUGGCAUUUUUGUCAAUCCGUUUCGGUACUGUAGCUGUGUCACUUUUAUGUCGAUGUGAUUUUGUCUUUUUCAGUGUUCAGGUGCGUGCUGUUACAAAACUAAAACGAGACCUAUUGGAAAUUUAUUUACCGGCAAUAAUUUCAGUUUAUGUCUUGUGUGGACUACUUAACUUGUCACUGAACCCCCUAUUUGGAACUUUUUAUAUUAUGCACUACUUUUCUAUAUACCCCCACGCCUGUUAUUUUUGCCCCAGUGUGAUUCUCCCCCAAAAAAUGACAAAACCGCCUAUUUAUAAUUACAGAUGAUUUAUAAAGUUUUAUUUUUGCAUACGUUAGGAUGUAGUGAAGCAGUGGUCUUAAGUUAUUAUAAUAUAUGUUGUGUACACCGGAAUUAAAUAUUUUCUAUAAUAUAUUCUAAUGUAGUUUUGAUGUUGAAGGCCGUGGGAGUCAAGUUGUAAUUUUGACUUUUUGGGGCUUAAGUUCUCACAAUAUAUCGUCACCUGUAACACUUGACUUGUGCUGUUUUUGUGUGAUUUUCUAUGUUAAAACACUGUUACUUUGUUCUGUAUGUGUCUUUGUUUUUGUAAAGAAAAUCAUAUUUAUUUCACUAUUUUUGUAGACAAAUGACUUGAUUUUGAUUGUAUUUUUCUAUUUAUAUAUUAUACAAUUUAUUUACCCCCCCUUUCCCCAAUUAUGUUACAUGGAAAAACAAAGAAUCAUGUCAUUAGGAGCAGCAUCGACUUUUGUAUUGUUUUAAUUUGAAGGAGGCAAACAUAUGAAGGUUUAAUUUUGUUCUUGGGCGAAACUUGAGAUCCCCUGUCCUUGUAGAUGCUCUGAAACUUGAAUAAUAACACAUUUUGAAAGGCUGACUAACCUCGAAUCUGUGUUGUGACGUGCAAUACUGUUUCUAAUGUUUGUAUAAAAGUAAGAUCUACCGUGUAAACCUUUAUAUAAUGCAGAUUUUAUUUUUUUCAUUGCAUAUUUUGCAGAUUUCUGAUCCACAGUGUCAUUUUUUACUGUCAGAAAAAUAAACCCCUGUUUUUUCAUUGCAACUAUUUUUAAAUCCAGAUAUCUUUGUACUGAUGUAAAUGAUUGUAGUUAUUUUGGAUAGUGUUUUGCUAACAAAAGGAGAGACUUUUUCAUGCAUAUUACGAGUUUCUUUUCAUCUUGUUUUUCCCACAUUUUUUUUAUUUAAUAGUAGCAGAUUACUUUGAAUUAUUUUUCAUUCUAAAUGUCAUUGGUAUUAUUUUGUACUUUUAUGUGAAAAUACACAAUAUGUAAUUUUAAGAAGCUAAUUGCUAAUAUAUUAUUUGAAUUUAUUUUUUUGAAGCUAAAUAUUUGUAAUUUUACUGUCAAAUUUACUAAUUUUUAAAUCUAAUUUGUGUAUAGACUCACAAAUGUGUUUGGUUUGCUUGGAUUGUAAUUAUUACUGAAUGGUUCUUUGAUAUGCAAAACGAUUUUUGUUUAUUUUUAUUUUGGUUUUGUAUUUAAAUGGGGUGUUGAUUGCGACCUUUUGUUUCUUUCACUUCCUAAAUAAAGACCCAUUUUGUUUGGAAA